AUGCCACGAACCCCCCAAUUCGCAUCCACGCCGCGCUUCCUCCUCUCCCAGCGCGGCCCUCCCUCCUCAUCCUUCUCCGCAUCCCGCCCCCUUCGCCCCGAGGCCAUCGACGAAGAUGAUUUCCCGCAGAACAAGCCCCUAGCUAAACGUGUCCGCGGUCGUAUAGGCCCAGUGACACCGGUGUCGGCGACGAGACAAACGGGUACUUUAAGCGCCGCCCGCACGAGGGACGUGAUUGAGGAUUCCGACGAGGAGAGCGGGUUGUCUGCGGGAGAAGUAGACUCGGAAUUAGAGGCGGAGUAUGAGGCGCUGUUUGGGGAGACGAGAUCGGAGUCGAGGUCGAUGGCGAAGAGAAGGCGGGUAAAUGAUAAGGAGAGGGGGAAUGACGACGGCGACGAGGAAGAAGAAGGUCGAAAUAAGAGCGUUGAUGCGGACAAAUACGACUACGAGCGAAAAGAUAAUGCGAGUGCUCAUGAGAUUGGCAUCGACAUUGGCAAUGUCAAUGAACCAGAGCCUGACCCCGAACCCGAAUAUACCCAAGAUAAUCCAAACGAAGACCCAGACCCAACCCCAUACUCAGACGAAAACAUCCCCUCCUCACCACUCAAACCGCCAUCAACGCCAUACCCGAACAUCCACCGUCCACGCUUCCUUCUCUCCGCGUCAUCGCAACCACAUACGCCUUCGCAGGCAUAUUCCCCUCUCUAUCCUCAAUCCUCUACGAAACAGCACCCCUCCACCAAUCCGUCAGAAAUGACCCCCGCUGCCCCGCCAUCCACAGCACCAGCGACAGCCAUGGAUUCAACAAUGGCACCUCCGCCGUCAACCCGUCGAAAACCGACCUUUGUUCUCCCGCGCUCUCCAUCGCCCGAUACGGCUGCUGACGACUUCCCGUCGUUGUUCUCGCCGUCCCGGACGCAGCGCAGAAGAGGACGACCGAGAGGUUCGGGACAGGAGUAUGUGGCUGGUGGAAUGGCGGAACAGGUGAGGGGGUGGAUAUUGGAGAUGGGUGUGAAGAGCAAUUAUCGUUCUGGGCAUGGCCAUGAAAAUGAGCGUGGAGAUGGUGGGUCGGGGGGUCUGGAUGAGCAGAAGUAUGCAUUUUUCCUUCGUGCGAACGAGGUCAAGAAGUCUACGAUGGGGAGUUGUGGGGAACUGGUCUUUGUGAGAGGCGUGGAUGGUAAGGAGGUAGGAGGUAAGGAUGAGGAUGAAGAUCGAGAUGGUGGCGAUGGGGUGGUGAGAAAUGUGCUAUUGAUGGGUGCGCCUCAGUCACAUAAGUCAAAUCCAGAGACGAAAGAAGGGGGUGAGGUCGCGGAUCUUCAACAGGGGGAUCUUAUUGGAGUAGGUCGAGGGCUGGUUUGGGAUGUUGAGCUGGAUGCCAUGGGGGAGUCGGUGUCUGGAGAGAGAGAGAAAUGGUCGGUGUGUAUGGAGUGGGAUAGGUUGUGA